AUGAAGUGUGGUGCCUGUGGACAAGAAGGCCACAUGAGGACAAACAAGGAAUGCCCAGUUUACAAGACUGGCAUUUUGGGUGGUGCUGGCGGCGGCGCUGGCACCGGUGGUGGUGGUGGAGCUGGGGGCGGAGGUGGUUCAGGGCCAGCUACUCCUUCUGUGGCUCCGACACCGACACCGGUUGCCAUGACGGAGGAGCAAGAGGAAGAAGAGGAGAAGAGUUUGCUAACAGACCAGGAGCUGGUGAACGUGGAGGGAACUAAGAUUAAGUUGUCAAAUAAUUUACUGGAACAUGCUGAGAAUGUCAAGAGGAAAUCCUUGGUGCUCAAUUUUCCCAAGCAGGCAAUGGAAAACAAAAAGAGAAGACGAGCAGGCACCAUUGUGCAUUGUGACUAUCUCAGUAAACCCACCAAAGCCAGCCACAGGAGGGUUCGGGGAGUUUGACAGAACCGCCCCUUUUCCUGGGAAAAGGUCCACUCUGGGUAA